AAACCACCGCGCGUCACUCAGUGCUUGCUCGAAGCGCGCGAGCUCACGUCGCGUCGCGCUAAGAUGGCGCCGGCCGCAUCGCUAUUUACCACAUUUAUAUCCUUAAUACUGUCCGCAACCGCACAGGAUUACUACCACACACCCCGAAUUGGUUCUAAACAACUAGCUUCAUGUUACAAUAGUGAAGGAGUGCCACAAAGAUGUAUCCCGGAGUUCGAGAAUGCGGCCUUCAUGGUUCAAAUGGAAGCGACGAACACCUGUGGUGACAAUGGCAUGAAAGUUUAUUGUAUACAGACUUCCUAUGGCACAUCCACCAGGUCGUGUGACAGCUGCCAACCAGGACAGUUCUCCAGCUACUACCUGACAGAUCUCCAUUAUGAGCAGGACAACCAGACGUGGUGGCAGUCAGAGACCAUGAAGGAAGGGAUCCAGUAUCCUAACCAGGUCAACUUGACGCUGCACUUGGGCAAGGCCUACGACAUCACCUACGUGAGGAUUGUGUUCUACUCGCCCAGACCUCAGAGUUUCGCUAUCUAUAAGAAGACCUCUGAAGAAAGGGUUUGGGAGCCCUUCCAAUACUUCAGUGCCUCCUGUCGUGAGACUUACGGAGUUCAAGAACAGAGGGCUGCAGAGUUAGGAGCAGAAACCCGUGCCCUCUGCACCAGCGAGUACUCCGAUAUCUCACCACUUUCUGGUGGAAACGUCCUCUUCUCUACUCUUGAAGGUCGACCCUCAGCGUUCACUUUUGACAACAGUCCUGAGCUGCAGGAAUGGGUAACUGCCACCGAUAUUCGAAUUUCCCUGGACCGUCUGAACACCUUCGGAGACGAGAUCUUUGGAGACGUUCAAGUAUUGCAGUCGUAUUGGUACGCCAUCGCUGACGUGGCUGUGGGUGCAAGGUGCAAGUGUAAUGGUCACGCUUCUGUGUGCGAGACCCAAGAACUGCCUGAUGGUACCAGAACUAGAGCCUGCAGGUGUGAGCACAACACAGCUGGUCGUGAAUGUGAAAGAUGCUUGGACUUCUACAACGAUGCUCCUUGGGGCAGAGCUUCACCAACCAACGUGCACGAGUGCAAGGCUUGUAACUGCAAUGGGUUCUCCAACAAAUGUGAGUUCGACAAGGACCUGUAUGAGCGCACUGGACACGGUGGUCGUUGUAUCGACUGCGCGGAGAACAGGGAUGGAGCUAACUGCGAGAGGUGCAAGGAGAAUUUCUUCCAAGGAUCUGGAGACAUUUGCUUACCCUGCAACUGUAAUCCUACUGGAUCUCGCAGCCUCCAAUGUAACGCGGAAGGCAAGUGCCAAUGUAAGCCUGGAGUGACAGGAGACAAAUGUGACGUCUGCGCUCCCAACCACUACGAGUUCACCAACCAAGGCUGCAAACCCUGCGGAUGUAACGAGUCUGGUUCUUACGCCAACACGCCACAGUGUGAUCCUCAAACUGGCGUGUGUUUGUGCAAGCAGAACGUAGAAGGAAGACGUUGUAGAGAGUGUAAACCAGGUUUCUUCAACUUGGACAUCAGCAACGACUUCGGAUGCACUCCUUGCUUCUGUUUCGGACACUCUUCGCAGUGCAGCUCAGCCCCGAAGUACCAAGCUCACGAGACCAGCGCACAUUUCAUCAGAGACGCAGAGAAAUGGAUGGCUGAAGAUGAGCAAGAAAGAUCUGCGAAGCUUCAGUUUAAUGCCAAUACACAGAAUAUUGCCGUUUCAUCACAAUCUUCUGAAACCCUUUACUUCAUUGCUUCAAGUCAGUUCCUGGGUGAUCAAAGACCUUCAUACAAUCACGACUUAAAGUUCUCGUUGCGUCUUGGAGAAGUGAGAGGCUAUCCAUCAGCUACUGACAUUAUCUUGGAAGGUCCACGAGCGUCCGUAUCUGUUAAUAUUUACGCACAGAACAAUCCAGAACCUACCAAUCAGGCUCAAGAAUACACCUUCAGGCUCCACGAAGACCCCCGCUACGGCUGGUCUCCAACCCUCUCAAACUUUGAGUUCAUGUCUCUUCUUCAAAAUCUGACUGCCAUCAAGAUCAGAGGAACUUAUAACAAGCCUGGAGAGGGUUACCUGAUGAACUUCAAAUUGGAAACUGCUAAGAUUGGCCGAGAGAAAGGUUCAGCUCCCGCCAACUGGGUGGAAAAGUGUUCCUGUCCUAAAGCCUAUGUUGGGGACUAUUGUGAGGAGUGCGCACCUGGAUUCAAACAUGAGCCUGCUAAUGGUGGACCGUACUCGACUUGCAUACCUUGUGACUGCAAUGGACAUGCUCACAUUUGUGACACUGCUACCGGUUUCUGUAUCUGUAAACACAAUACGACAGGCAGUAACUGCGAGCUCUGUGCUAAGGGUUUCUACGGUAAUGCCAUUGCUGGAACUCCUGACGACUGCAAGCCCUGCCCAUGUCCUAAGGACAGUGGAUGUAUCCAGCUGAUGGAUGGAAGCAUUGUAUGUACUGACUGCCCUGAAGGAUAUGCUGGACCAAAAUGCGAAGUCUGUGCUGAUGGUUACUUCGGAGACCCCACUGGGCAAUUUGGACCCCCGAAACAGUGUGAGCUGUGCCAGUGCAAUGGCAAUGUAGACCCCAACGCAGUCGGUAACUGUAAUAGGACAACUGGAGCCUGUCUUAAAUGUAUCUACAAUACUGAUGGCGAGCACUGUGACAAGUGUUUGAGUGGUUUCUUCGGAGACGCUCUGGAUCCUAAAAAGAAGGGUGACUGCAAGCCCUGCCAGUGCCACGAAGCUGGUACAGUGGAGAGUGUUGAAGGUCCUCCUCAAUGUGACGGCCUCACUGGACUGUGUACUUGUCACCCACACGUAAUUGGAAGGAAUUGUGAUAAAUGUGAGGACGGUUACUACAAUAUCAACUCUGGCACCGGCUGUGAGCCCUGCGAGUGUAACCUUGAGGGCUCGUUCAACAGCACCUGUGACCCCUACGACGGACAAUGUUACUGCAAACCGGGUAUUGAUGGUAAACACUGCGAUCGUUGUCGUGCGUACCACUACGGCUUCUCAGCUGAGGGUUGCCGAGACUGCGACUGUGACGAAUGGGGCUCCACCAACUACCAGUGCGAUAUGUCCGGACAGUGCUCCUGCCAGGAGAAUGUGGAAGGACGUCGGUGUGACAGAUGUAUGGAAAACAAGAAACGUCGCGCAGAUGGUCAAGGCUGCGAGGACUGUCCUCCUUGCUACAACCUCGUGCUGGAUGCCGUGAACCAACAUAGAAGGGAGUUGAAGGAACUUGAUGAUAUUCUAGCGAAGAUAUCCAAGUCUCCAACGGUAGUUGAGAAUGCUGACUUCGACAAUGAGCUGCAACAAGUAAGGGGUGACAUUGAGCGACUGGUGCAGGACGCUCAGGCAGAGUUGGGCAAUGGACCUGGAGCCAGUCUUACUAACAACCUCGCUGAACUGGCUGAUAGACUCGCUGACGUCAGGAACAUGCUGUUCAAAAUUGAAGACGAGAGCUAUGACGGUAACGAAGCUGUCGAGAAGAGCAAGGGUAACGUGUCCAAAGCAGAAGAUACUAUUGAAGCUGCACAGAAGGAAAUUAAUAGUGCCUUGGAGUACAUGGACGGCGAAGGAGCUGCAGCUUUAUCAAAGGCUCGCAACAGAUCGGACCAAUUCGGCAAACAAUCAGUCGACAUGUCAGCUCUGGCCAAAGAAUCCAGGCUUCUGGCAGAAAAACUGGAGAAUGAAGCGAAGAACAUUAGAGAAAUAGCUGACAAAGCAUUCAACACUUCUAUUGCCGCUAAUAAGAUUGCUAAGGAUGGAAUUACAAAACAGGCUAACAUUAGUAACGAAGUACAAAUCCUGACAAAUGAGCUGAAUGCAGCGUCAGGAAAGUUGAACAGUAUGACUGAAUUAGCUGACCAAGCACUUAAGAGAGCAAAGGAUGUGUAUGAUGAAGCUCUGGGGUUGUAUGCUGAGGUGAACACGACACUGCUACCAGAUAUCAAACUCAGUAAACUGAAGGAAACAGCCAGGGAAAUGAAUAAGACGAUCGAUGAGAAAUCGGCUGAGUUGGAACGUUUGGUGGCUGACAAUGAAAACACGUUGGAGCAGCUAGAGACUGCAAUAAAGCAAGGUCGUGGUCUCUUAGACCAGGGUCAUGAUAGACAGGACGAGCUGAAUGACCUUCUGGGGAAACUCGAUGAGCUGCAGGAACAGGCUAGAAAUGACGUGGAACUCACCAAUCAGACGCUGAAGGAUGCCAAUGAAAUCUACAAAACUUUAAAAGAAUUCAGCGACCAAGUGACAGAGUCGCGUCAGUUAGCCGAACAAGCAGCCCUGGACGUGCCUGCGGUGCAAGCGAAGAUAGCAGCUGCAGAUGACAGCAUCAAUAGCAUCACAGAGCAACUGUAUACUGCCAGUGACAAGGCGAAGGAGGCGCGAGACUUAGCACAGAAGGCGCAGAAGGAAUAUGCUGAUAAGGCGUCAGAUGCAGCCUUUGAAGUUAGGAAGAAAUCCUCAGCGUCUAGGUCGGAGGCGUCCAAACUCAGAUUUGAAGCCGAGAAACUAUCCACUCGAGUGCAAGAAACAGCAACACAGAUUGGCAAUUUGGAGAAAGAGGCUGCAGAGAACAUGCAGCUUACAAGAGAUGCUAAAAUGAAGGUUGGCCAAGCGAAUACUGAUGCCAGGGAGGCGGAGAAACAAGUGACUAAAGGCCUCGAGGAUUUGAAGGUCAUCAUGGAUGAGUUGCAAAACUUGCCCACAUUAGAUGACCAGGCACUAGACCGACUACAGGAGAGCUUAGACAAGGCAGAGAGUGACCUCAUAGCGGUUGAUUUGGAUGGCAAGAUUAAGAGCCUCACUGAAGCCAAGAAUAACCACCAAAGGUGGAUGAAACAAUACGAGGAUGAGCACAGCCAUCUUCGUCUUGAAGUAGACAAUAUCAAGGAGAUUCUGGACCAGCUGCCAGAGGGCUGUUUCAAGAGGAUCGUCUUAGAACCCACUGAAGGACCCAGUAGAGUUGCCAGCUUUAGAUAAACUGUGACAUGAUAAAACAAGCCAGAUACAUGUAGAAAAAACGAGUUCAUAGAUUUGGUACCCAUAUCUAGUUAAAAUUUGAAAAUAUACUGAAAAAAGGGUCUGUUCCCGCCUUAUAUGGCCUUUUGUUCACCCCGUCGUAUCGUAAGCAAAUUGCAAUAGAGAGAACAAAAAAACAAGUAGGACGUACAUACAAUAUUGUUCCAGUAUCUUUUUCUGAAUGAGUGAAAUAGUAAUAUCCUAACGAUAGUUCAAUAUUAUAACGAUACACUUACGAUACGAUAUGCAUAAGAUUAAUUAGUGAAGGGGGUUUUAAGUAUUUUAACUAUGCAGCAACGUGUAUUCUAUAUUAUACUAAAAAAAAUAAUCGAUUUUUACUCAGGAGGUGAAAUACUUAUUUAUUUAUUUUUAAACAGUCACAACGGUAGAAACCCUAUUACAGUAACUGACAUAUUACCUACAACAAUAAAAGAUGCAAUUAUAACUAAUAGAAAAAAGAAAAGUAAAACUUAAUUAAAACAGGAAUUUACAACAUUCAUAAGUUUCUCUCGCAGUACUUCAGGCAUUCUGAUAAAAUAUCCUUCCAUCCGACCGCAAAUAGAUCAGUACUUGGAUUGGAAUCCAGGAGAUAAUAGAGCGCGGCCAGACUGCAAGGAAUAGGUGAUUUAGCGCGUGCGACAGUACGACACGAGGGCACGGCAAACAGCCAAUGCUUUUCACCUCGGCAGUAAUUAUCUGGCACGUAAAAGCGCGAUAAUGACUCCAGUAGAUCUGAAGCAUCAAUACCGCCACGGAACGUUUUACAGGCUACUGCUAGUUGGUUUCUUGGCCUCCUUACCUUUAGUGAGUUGUAACCAAGACUAACUAAAAAAUUUUGUCGGAUAGAGGUAAGGAUAGUACCCGUACAGUUGCUUGUACAAGUUUCUACGCAAAUCUUUUUGGACUUUCUCUAAGAGUAGGAUCAUUGCCAUGAUAAGAAACAACAAAGGCCCCAAAAUCAAUGAUAGGCACCUGACAUAUACAUACCGACCCUUCAAUGCACUUACACACAAAUAAAUGAUACUAAGAAAAGUAAAUACCGAAUUGUAAAGAAAAGACAAGUAAUAAGACAAUUUGUUCUAAGUCCUAAGUUUGCAUUAUCAACAAUCUGAAUAAUUCAAUAACUAUACAGAAAUACUUUUACCGUCAAUGCAUAUUUAUUGUGUACGAACAGUGCCUUAUUACCUAGUAAUAAAGUAAAAUACAUGUAAUAUAAUAUUAAGGAUUCCGGACGUCAUUUCCUAAUAAUGCUUUCUGAUUUUCUCAUUGCCAGAAAUGCAGUAUUUUUAAAAGAAAAUACAUUAUAGGUAACUUAUUAUUCGCGUUUCCGAAAUGUUUAAAUGUUCAUCGUCUUCAUAAUUAUGUUUUAUUUUAU